GGCUAGAUGUGCUUUCCUGAAUCAUGUGGGUCAAGAUCCAUGUUCUCCACACAAUAAUUGUUGGAAAAGUUGUCAAGACUUAUUGAAUCAAUCUCUCCAUAUUGACAAAGUCAUUGAAGCACAAACUCUAGAGAUGAAGGAAGGUAACCGCUUACGGGUUAUGACCUCUAUUGAUGUUGUUCGGUGGUUGGCUUCACAAGGAUGUGCUCUACGAGGUCAUGAUGAAUCCUCUAGUUCUAGAAAUCGAGGUAAUUUUCUUGAAAUGAUUUCACUUUUAGCAUCAUAUAAUGAACAAGUUGCUAGUGUUGUCUUAGAUAAUGCUCCAAAAAAUGCUAUGUAUACUUCUCCCAAAAUUCAAAAGGAGAUCUUACACAUUCUUGCUACUAAAGUGCGACAUAGGAUUCGACAUGAUAUUGGUGAUUCUAAGUUUUGCAUUAUUGUUGACGAGGCACGUGAUGAAUCUAAGAGAGAGCAAAUGGCUAUUAUUUUGAGAUUUGUUGAUGAAAAGGGGUUCAUUAGAGAGCAUUUCUUUGAUGUUGUGCAUGUUAGAGAUACCGCAGCAAUGACUCUCAAAAAAGAAAUUUGUGCAGUUCUUUCUAGAUUUUGUCUUGAUGUACAGAACAUUCGUGGUCAGGGAUACGAUGGUGCUAGCAAUAUGCGGGGAGAGUGGAAUGGGUUGAAAGCAUUAUUUUUAAAUGAGUGUCCUUAUGCAUACUAUGUUCAUUGCUUAGCACACCGGUUGCAAUUAGCAUUGGUUGCUGCUUCUAGAGAGGAAGCUCAAGCACUUGAAAUUGCAAGAAUGUUGGAAAUUGGUGAGCUUGAAACAGGCAGAGGACUUAAUCAGGUUGGUACGUUACAACGAGCUGGGGAAACUCGAUGGAGCUCGCAUUUCAGUUCUGUUUGCAGUUUGAUUAGGAUGUUUGCUGCAACUUGUUCUGUUUUAGAAGAUGUUGAAGAGAAUGGCAAUAACUAUUCUACUCGUGGAGAUGCAGCUGGAGCACUUAAGAAGAUUAAAUCUUUUGAUUUUGUUUUCUUGUUGCAUCUUAUUAAAGAAAUUAUGAGUAUUACAGAUCUUCUAUGUCAGCAUCUACAAAAGAAGUCCCAAGACAUAAUAAAUGCUAUGCAUUUGGUGUCAAGCACCAAAAUGUUGAUCCAAAAGUUAAGGGAAGGUGGAUGGGAUAACUUCUUAGAAAUUGUUAAAGUGUUUUGCCAAAAGCAUGAGAUUGAAGUUCCUAAUAUGAAGUCUCCUUAUGUGGUAAAACGCAAACGCCAUGAUCAAGAAGGGUUUGAUAUUGAACGUCACUAUCGGGUUGAUAUGUUUUACGCAGCCAUAGAUUCACAAUUGUUAGAGCUGAAUAGCAGAUUCAAUGAACAGAUAAUGGAUCUUCUUACUCUUAGUUGUGCUUUGGAUCCUAAGGACUCAUAUAAGUCCUUUAACGUUGAUGAUAUCUGUUCUUUAGUGGAUAAAUACUACCCCUUUGAUUUUAUUGAGCAGGAGAAGGUGGGCUUGAGGUUUCAAUUGCAACAUUAUAAGCUCAAUGUUCUAAACCAUCCAAAGUUGGC